AUGAACAUUGUGAAGGAGUUUUAUGAUUCGGGUCUUAUAAGCCGUGGGGUGAGUUCAGCGUUUAUUACUCUUUUACUGAAAUCUUCGGCGCCUUCGGGGUUAGGAGACUAUUGGCCCAUUACCUUUAGCGGUGUUAUUAGUAAGUUUAUCUCAAAAUUACUUGCUAAUAGGAUGAGAAAGGUCAUGGGGAGCAUUAUUUCAGAAAAGCAAUCUGUGUUUUUGAGUGGUAGGUUUAUUUUAGAUGGUCCAAUGAGGAUUAAUGAACUUAUCGCUUGGGCAAAACAAAUGAAAAAGGAGAUGUUCAUUUUUAAAAUUGAUUUCCAAAAGGCGUAUGACAACGUUCGUUGGAGUUUUCUUCUAGACAUCCUUCGGCAAUUAGGAUUCCCUUCUAGAUGGUGUGUGUGGGUGGAGGGCAUUCUUACUUCAAAUUGGGCGGCGGUUCUUGUAAAUGGUGCGCCAACCUUUGAGUUUGAUUGCAAGAAAUGA